UUUCAGACGUUAUGAGACGGUUUUAACGAAUCGUUUAACGUAUCACGGGAUAACACGUUGCACGAUGGCUGUCGGGAAGAAUAUCCACUUGUUCCUCGUCAUCCUUUCUUCGACGUCCGUCAUUUCACACUCUCACGUGCCCGAAGCCGCAGGUAGAAGGUUGUUCGGUGGAUACAGGAUAGUCCCAAAAGCCUGUCAACCGACGCUUCCAACCCGAGCGAAUUCAAACGAGCCAACACUAUGCAUGUUCAACUACGAGUGUUCACGUAGAAAUGGAAAAGUAGUCGGCGCGUGUAUGGACGGUUUCCUAUUCGGCGCGUGUUGCCAGCUGCCGUCGAAAAUCAGCAGCGACGGUGACAAAAUUCCGUUCACCGAUGAACUGUUCAAUCUGCACGAAAUCGAUCACGUCCCAGAUAUACCGAUCCUCUUAAACUCGGAUGGCACGCCGCUCGGAAUGACGAUCUCUCAAGACAGCACCGUUAAAACCGAGACGUCCGGGACAUCCAAUCACCCCAGUAACGAAGGAACCACCUACACCAAGAUUUCAACGUUCGACGCGCCUUCUAGCACCAUAAAAGCACCGUCAACUGGUGCACACCAUGAGGACAUCGUCGAGAACGCGGAGAAACCUCAAUUACCUGCUCAGCCAGACUUAAGUCACCUGGAAGAAGAUUUUCAGGCUCUGUUGGGCCAACAGAACGUGUUGGACGAUUUGGCUCUACCUGGACUGUUGAGUCAUUCCGACUCGAACAAUGACAUUCAGAAUCAUCAGGACAAUUCAGCUGUUAAUCCGGUCACCACGCUGCUCAGUCCUGAUCAGAUACUUCAGAUAGCUGAUCCAGUGGAUCAGUUGCCAGCUUUGUUCUCUCAAGGUUUGGGUCAGAAUAAUCACAGUUCAGCCGAUACCAUAUUGUUGAACGAGAAUGGAACCACACUGAACGAGACGCAUAACCCUGACGAUUUGUUCAAGCCUACCGCAGAACCCAGCACCGAGGACAGGGUCACCACUUAUCAGGGUAGUUCUACGAAUCAAUGGUUAAAGUUCCCUGCAUCCUCGAUAUCCGACACCAUGAUUUCUGAUUCUGAUGAUCACAAGUUUAGUACUUCCUCGAUGACGAGAUUACCGGUUGUUACCCAGAUGUACGCCAACACGCAGAGGCUCACCACCGCUUCCUCCAUCCUGGAGACUGCCAUGGACAAUUUCGAGAAGAUCAGCACGGUAGAGGAGAGAGUGUCGACGAAGUACGUGGAUGCUCUAAGUUCGAACGAUGAUAAAACCACCACGCCGAUGAGUACUUUGAGCGAUAAGAAGGAGGAGCUGAUCAGGGUGCCUACUAUCACUUAUGACACGUCCUCAGGGAACAAGAAGGACGAUGAGGUAGAUAAAGAGGAGCUGGCGAUCAAUCAUAUCAUAUCAAUAUUGAACGAUACGAAACCCGGUGCUGGUACCACUAUUCAAACCCCAAAUUCGUCCAUCAACAAAUGGGUCAGCAUCGAUGAAACCUCGAAGCCAUCUCUGGUCAGGAUCUCCACAACGAGACCCACGAGUGGACCCUCCUCGACCUUUCCUUACACGUUCUACAAGCCGGGACAAUCGUCGAAUUACUAUAUCUACGAAACAGUGCCCACUGAAACGACCUACUCUUCGUACCCAACUUCAAAUUCGUAUUCUUCAAGGCCGUCGACUCAGUCGACCUUCUCCAGUUAUUCCACCAAGACGACCACGAAUCCUCCUGCUCCUACUGUGAUAGUUCUAGGUCCACUCAACACCGAGUACACCACCGAAAUCGCCCAGAAGAUCAUCACCAAGAAACCGGUGACUGAUUCCGUCAGACCCAACACCUCGUCCUUCAGACCUACCUCGGGACCCUUCAGACCUCUCACCACCAGGAAGCCCAGCGUCUCUACCACCAUAACCCACAACAUCAGCACGGUGAUUUCGAACGUAGCCACGAAUAACGUCGUCUCGACCAGCUUCUUCAGCGUUAAUUUAAAGGACGGGACCACUUCGAAGCCAACGGUGAGCAACAACUUCAGCACAGAGGCUGCUGUCUUAGAGAAUGAUACUGAACAGAAUUCUGAGAAGAUAUCGACGAAGAGACCUAACGUUUGGACCACUUCUUCUUGGUCCAGUAAACCAAGCUUCUAUUUGAAACCAUCGACGCCAUCGGACGAGAACAUGACACCUGUCGAUACUAUAGUCUUCAAAGAACCUGUCGUUUCGACCACAAUCAAUUUCAAGGCGACCACGUCGGUGCCUCAUUGUGACGAAGAGACAGCAGCACCAGAUGACUUGAUCAACUUCCCACCUGUUCGAAACCCGAACCUUAAUACCUCGACGCCCAUCGUUCAGCACGAGAAACCAACCAUCGUGGAGACUUUCAAUAAUACAGGCUAUCCAGAUAUCGAGAUCAUCAGCGAGAAUGAUAUUCCAACACCGACCUUCAUCGAGGAUGAUGUCUUGAACAACAAAGUCGAUACCUUUGUGAAUAAGAUUGUUCAAUCGCUACAAGGCAAUUUUCAGGAUCUCAAAGAUAUCGUGUACAAUCGUGUCAAUGCGACCACUGCUGCUCCAUCCACGGUGACAAAGAGACCAGCGACCACCACGAGGAAACCCGUGCGAAGACCAGCGACCACUGCGAAGCCUUCGUACACGACGACGAAGAAACCAGCCACCACGAAGAGGCCAGUUAGUCGUCCAACAUCCUCCAGGCCGUCGGUGUCAGAGAAACCAGUUCGUCCGACGAAACCGACUACUGCGAAACCGAAACCGACCACGGUGUCCAGUGCGACCACGAGGAGACCCCAGGUUACAACGAAACGUACGAAACCGACUAGAAGACCAACUACAACGCCAGCGAUAAGCACCGAAGCGAUAGUCGCUGACGAAGACAGCAGCAUUUCGAACAACAUCGAAACUACCACUACCCCACAGAUCACAUCGUCGAACGAUUUUCGUUCCCAAUGCGGUAUAAGACCUCUGAUUAAGUCAGGUAGAAUCGUCGGUGGUAAAGCAGCGACUUUUGGCGAAUGGCCGUGGCAGGUUUUGGUUCGCGAGGCCACUUGGCUUGGUCUUUUCACGAAGAAUAAAUGCGGAGGUGUUUUGAUCACUGAUAAAUACGUCAUCACUGCAGCUCAUUGUCAACCAGGAUUUUUAGCAACUUUAGUAGCUGUUUUUGGAGAGUUCGAUUUGUCAGGUGAAUUGGAAUCCAAACGCAGCGUGACCAGGAACGUUAGACGAGUUAUAGUGAACAGAGGCUACAAUCCAACGACUUUUGAAAGCGAUCUGGCUCUUCUGGAACUGGAAUCGCCGAUACAAUUCGACGUUCACAUCGUGCCCAUUUGUAUGCCCGAUGAUGGUAUAGAUUUUAUUGGUAGAAUGGCCACGGUCACCGGUUGGGGACGAUUGAAGUACAAUGGCGGAGUACCUUCCGUUCUGCAAGAAGUCCAAGUGCCCAUAAUAAAGAAUUCCGUGUGUCAAGAGAUGUUCCAGACUGGUGGACAUUCCAAGCUGAUCCUCGACAGUUUCUUGUGCGCUGGUUACGCCACUGGCCAGAAAGACUCUUGCGAGGGUGACAGCGGUGGACCAUUGGUGAUGCAACGACCCGAUGGAAGAUGGUUCUUAGUGGGCACCGUGUCUCACGGAAUAACCUGUGCCGCGCCCUAUCUUCCAGGUGUCUACAUGAGGACGACUUACUUCAAACCUUGGCUGCACAGCAUCACCGGGGUCUGAGGACCAGGAAAUCCAUUGAUUUUCUGGACACUUGAUGGGCACUGACGAUUCCGUGCCACCUGUAUAAAUGUACAAAGGAAGACUAAUUUAUUUCCUUCGGACUAGAUUGAGGAAUACCAGUUAAGAGAUAUUAGAACUAAACGAACACGAAUACGUUUCAUUAUAUGUAGUAUCGGGUCAUCUGAUCUCAGGGUCCAUAUUCCAUUCUUCAGACCAUCUUUGUUAAUUGAAAAAAUUGAAAAACUAAUACUUUAUUCUAUAUGAAUCAUGACAUUA